CCUAGACUACAUUCAUUGCGCUCGUAGGAAAUCUCGCCGGUGCAGAAAUUGCAGUUUGGAUUUCGGACAGCUUGUAAAACCGAAGAUCAUGUAAACGUGUCCAGUAUCAAUGGAAAUGAGGUGGUGUAUGUUCUUUGUUUACACCCUGAUUGGCGUGUCACAUGUUGAAGGAGCUAACACUAGAGUCCCGGGGUGUUCUCAGAACCAUGUUCGGAUACGGAACAGCAAGGUCUGGCAGAAGGGACCUGAGGCGGAAACGGACGAAAUGCCAACCAGUGGAUACAGGUUAGAAGUAACAAAUACCGGUCCUGCAGUUUUGGAUUCAAAAAUACAGUUUUUGGCAAAAUUGUUCAACAAGACGGGACACCUGGCUGAUUCUACAUUAUUCCUGUAUGUUUGGAACAAUAAUGCAGAUUUUCAGGAGUUAAGGAAAGAAGAUAACUUUGAAGCAAAUAUGACACAAACCUAUAGCUUUGUUAUACCCACAAAGUACAAGAUGCAGGUGUGUGUGUAUUCCAAAGAGGAGAAAUUAACUCAUACUAAGUACCACUUGGUGGCCAGAGGGGACACUCAUUUCAUACUCACAUCAACAUUGAAUGGAAAGAUGGAUUUGAAACAAAAUCUAACUCAUCAGAAAAGUAAGAAAAUACUAGCGACAAAUACCCCGAUUUAUUUCACUAUGAAUCUGACUGACAAGUUCCAGACAAAACCAACAUCCUCUUUCCACUGGUUUAGCGGAAAAAAAUUACUGGGUGAGACAUCAGUACCAAAAUUUGAGUUCAUAUCAAAGAAUGCAGAAACAGUGGAGAAACUAUCAGUUUCUGUCAGUACAUCUCUGGAUGAUUUCAUUGAAAAGAAAGGAGAAUGGUCUGAAGAUGUGCAGAUGAAAAAUGCAAUUCAGUGGGUGAAAUGGAACAUGUCAGGAGGUUGUACUGUGGAUGUAGAUGACCUAUUGAACCUGACUGUGUUCUACCAGGCAAGCAAUCCAACAGUGAUUUGCUGGGAAGUGUGCAAGGCUAAUACAAAUUCAAGUAACUGUAGCAACACAACAUGUGAACCUCCAGUGACAGGAAACAGGAAGCAGAUUAACAUUCAAGUCGGAUUCUCCCAUGUCGGACUUUACCAUAUCCACUUGCGACUAGAGAACGAUGUUAGUCAACAGCACUACAGGACACGUGCGGUACAUGUGUAUGAUGCAGAUAAUUACAGUUCCCAUGGAUUAGCUGUGCCCAUCGUCUUCAGCUGUCUUGGUGUGUUCAUUCUACUGGUGUCGUCUGUAUAUAUGGUGCGAUUGAAGAGAAAGCCACAUGUGGAAACUGCUGAUUUUGAUUUCCACCCGUCCUUAAACAGGGACCAGCCCCAUCCAUUUGUAACAGGGAUUAAAAGAACUAUUAGUCUGGUUUUUCAGCCAAAGCAUUCCUAUGGUUCCUUACAGCAGCCCACAACCACAGCGUCGAAAUACGGAUCCACAAGUGGUGACUAUUCCCCGUUGUAGUGAUGAAUAUUUGUUAAAAAUAAAGAUUUAAUCAUAAUUUUUUAUACUGCUGUUCAAGACAACAGAUUUUAAAAUUUUACUGAAUUAAGCCAUAUGCAGGAAUAUAAUGGCUCAUUCUACCAUUUCAAUUCUGUUUGUAAAAAUUUUUACUGAUUUUGAUAUCUGUGAUGAACUGGUGAUGGCUGUGUCCUAUACAAUGUUGUUGUGACGCAAUGCAGAAUACCUUUUGUAAUAAAGACUUUCAAUAUAACACAUAUGAACAGAACAAACUCUUGCCCUGGUGUUAGUUUCGGGCCUGUCACAUGCUAUAUACAGCAGCUAGAGUUAGGUGACUUGCCGUUUUAACCACAAAGAUCAGUCUUAGCUUAAGAUUUCCUAUCAACAGAACUACUGAAUGGUGUAUUUCUUUCAAAGAAUACAAAGAUGCUAAUGUCAAUGUUUCUACUAAAGUUUAAAUUUCAGUGAACUCUUAAACUGCUUCUCGAUAUCUAGAUACUGUACAAUUUACUCCACCAAUAUCAAGUUUUAAAGAGAAAGUUGUGUGUAACAGUUUACUAAGUAUUCAAAUUCAUCUUUUGUAAUGCAUGGAAGAAUUUGAAAUUUCCUAAUCAAUUCAAUACUGUUUUGAAUUUCUGUAUUCACAAUGUAAUAGAUUUUUAAAUAGACUACUUUUCCAGUUUGUAUUUUUUGCUUGCCCUGUGAUACAAAGUUACUUCACAAUAAAUGUUAAAUGAUAAUUUGCAAUAUUUGUGUAAUUGUCAACCUAGUGUUAGUUGUGACCACUGAUAUAUCAAUGUCUCUUCAUAAAACGGUAUUGUAGUCGUAACCCAUUUACUUGAAUCAGUAUUACAUUUUUGAAACUCUGUAAUACAUUUAAUGUUGUUUACAGCUUCUCAGCUUUAUAUCAUGGUUAUACAUUAUUUUAUCACAUUCCUCAUUCAUUGAUCAACUCUUUUAUGCAAUCUUGAUUUUUUUUCGAACACAUGUAUCAUCUUCCUCAUCUUUCACAAAUUACAAUUUCAUUCAUUCAUUCAUUCAUUCAGUUAUGGAUUGAUCAAGUGAAUAAUUUUAUCCUCGAUAGCCUCUAACAUGCUAUAUUUUAUAUUUGAUGUCUCAUAACUCUUAUACAGGUACUAGAUGUUGUACACAAGUAGUAGAUGUUGUACACAGGUAGUAGAUGUUGUA